GAAAAGAAUCUCAGCAUUCUUAGUUUAGGGAAGUUGGCCUUGCUCGCUGUGUGGUAGAAAAGCUGAUUACGGGAGAGAACCGUGGAGGGAAGGAAGGGAGGCAGUUUUGUCAUCCCCACAUCCGGUUUUGACUGGACACCAUGCAGGCUGAGAUCAACUUCAGAGGCAGUCAGCUGGAAUCCCUUAGCUUUAUUUGCCCAUUUAUUGUGUUGUUAUUUUGUUGUUGUCAUUACUGGAAAAGGCAAGAGUAGAGCUAUCAGAAUGUCUUCCUUGAACAUGCUGUCAACAAACCCCAGGAUUUUUAUAAACCCUAUGUGAAAAACACACUAAGAAUCUCUUUUCUUCUUAGCAUAUUUUUCACUUAGGGUUUACAAAAAUAUGUUUUGAAGAAAGCUUGAAAAGAUCAGUGGAAAAAAAUUCAGCACCAAAUUUUCUCUGAAAAUCAACUUGUCAAAAAAGACGUGAUUAACAUCCAUCCCGUAACCAGCACAUGAAUGAUCUUCCCUCUUUACGAGUGUGCUUCAGCAAAACUUUAAUCUCGACCCCUCCCUCUUUCCACUUUUAAUAGUGGAUGGAUGAAAAGGCAAGAGGAAAAACAAAGCAGCCGAAACACACCCAGAUGCACACUUCUGCCAAGCAUAGCCACCACGUGAAAUAAAUCUUCAAGGAAGUGCUUGAAUUUCUUACAGACUGCCAAAUGGAACAGACAAGCAGGUUGUCUUGUGUUAAAGAAAAUGAGAUAUAAGUCAGUUACUCCCGGAGGCAAUGCUGCUGUUCAGCUCUUCUGUUUUUGUGGCCAGGGUCUUCAUGAACACUAAUAGGGGUACCAGGCCCUCUUCCUCGUUAGAAGAAAUCAGGAUAACAGAGGCAUAUUGGGCACCCCUACAAAAGGGGGAUUUUGAAUAAGUUCCUUGUGAGAACUGGGUAGCUGUGUAAUCACGGCUGAAAGGGUCUCUGGAGAAUCUGUAUCUGUAUCAAGAUGAUCUGAAGAACAGCUUCUACCUUUAGGAAUGUCUAGUGUUCCAAAAUGCCUAGCAUCUUCCAUUUUGCCAUUAUCUUCAUGUUAAUACUUCAGAUCAGAAUACAAUUAUCUGAAGAAAGUGAAUUUUUAGUUGAUAGGUCAAAAAACGGUCUCAUCCACGUUCCUAAAGACCUGUCCCAGAAAACAACAAUCUUAAAUAUAUCGCAAAAUUAUAUAUCUGAGCUUUGGACUUCUGACAUCUUAUCACUGUCAAAACUGAGGAUUUUGAUAAUUUCUCAUAAUAGAAUCCAGUAUCUUGAUAUCAGUGUUUUCAAAUUCAACCACGAAUUGGAAUACUUGGAUUUGUCCCACAACAAGUUGGUGAAGAUUUCUUGCCACCCUACUGUGAACCUCAAGCACUUGGACCUGUCAUUUAAUGCAUUUGAUGCCCUGCCUAUAUGCAAAGAGUUUGGCAAUAUGUCUCAACUAAAAUUUCUGGGGUUGAGCACCACACACUUAGAAAAAUCUAGUGUGCUGCCAAUUGCUCAUUUGAAUAUCAGCAAGAUCUUGCUGGUCUUAGGAGAGACUUAUGGGGAAAAAGAAGACCCUGAGGGCCUUCAAGACUUUAACACUGAGAGUCUGCACAUUGUGUUCCCCACAAACAAAGAAUUCCAUUUUAUUUUGGAUGUGUCAGUCAAGACUGUAGCAAAUCUGGAACUAUCUAAUAUCAAAUGUGUGCUAGAAGAUAACAAAUGUUCUUACUUCCUAAGUAUUCUGGCGAAACUUCAAACAAAUCCAAAGUUAUCAAGUCUUACCUUAAACAACAUUGAAACAACUUGGAAUUCUUUCAUUAGGAUCCUCCAGCUGGUUUGGCAUACAACCGUAUGGUAUUUCUCAAUUUCAAACGUGAAGCUACAGGGUCAGCUGGACUUCAGAGAUUUUGAUUAUUCUGGCACUUCCUUGAAGGCCUUGUCUAUACACCAAGUUGUCAGCGAUGUGUUCAGUUUUCCGCAAAGUGAUAUCUAUGAAAUCUUUUCGAAUAUGAACAUCAAAAAUUUCACAGUGUCUGGUACACGCAUGGUCCACAUGCUUUGCCCAUCCAAAAUUAGCCCGUUCCUGCAUUUGGAUUUUUCCAAUAAUCUCUUAACAGACACGGUUUUUGAAAAUUGUGGGCACCUUACUGAGUUGGAGACACUUAUUUUACAAAUGAAUCAAUUAAAAGAACUUUCAAAAAUAGCUGAAAUGACUACACAGAUGAAGUCUCUGCAACAAUUGGAUAUUAGCCAGAAUUCUGUAAGCUAUGAUGAAAAGAAAGGAGACUGUUCUUGGACUAAAAGUUUAUUAAGUUUAAAUAUGUCUUCAAAUAUACUUACUGACACUAUUUUCAGAUGUUUACCUCCCAGGAUCAAGGUACUUGAUCUUCACAGCAAUAAAAUAAAGAGCGUUCCUAAACAAGUCGUAAAACUGGAAGCUUUGCAAGAACUCAAUGUUGCUUUCAAUUCUUUAACUGACCUUCCUGGAUGUGGCAGCUUUAGCAGCCUUUCUGUAUUGAUCAUUGAUCACAAUUCAGUUUCCCACCCAUCGGCUGAUUUCUUCCAGAGCUGCCAGAAGAUGAGGUCAAUAAAAGCAGGGGACAAUCCAUUCCAAUGUACCUGUGAGCUAAGAGAAUUUGUCAAAAAUAUAGACCAAGUAUCAAGUGAAGUGUUAGAGGGCUGGCCUGAUUCUUAUAAGUGUGACUACCCAGAAAGUUAUAGAGGAAGCCCACUAAAGGACUUUCACAUGUCUGAAUUAUCCUGCAACAUAACUCUGCUGAUCGUCACCAUCGUUGCCACCAUGCUGGUGUUGGCUGUGACUGUGACCUCCCUCUGCAUCUACUUGGAUCUGCCCUGGUAUCUCAGGAUGGUGUGCCAGUGGACCCAGACCCGGCGCAGGGCCAGGAACAUACCCUUAGAAGAACUCCAAAGAAAUCUCCAGUUUCAUGCAUUUAUUUCAUAUAGUGGGCACGAUUCUUUCUGGGUGAAGAAUGAAUUAUUACCAAACCUAGAGAAAGAAGGUAUGCAGAUUUGCCUUCAUGAGAGAAACUUUGUUCCUGGCAAGAGCAUUGUGGAAAAUAUCAUCACCUGCAUUGAGAAGAGUUACAAGUCCAUCUUUGUUUUGUCUCCCAACUUUGUCCAGAGUGAAUGGUGCCAUUAUGAACUCUACUUUGCCCAUCACAAUCUCUUUCAUGAAGGAUCUAAUAACUUAAUCCUGAUCUUGCUGGAACCCAUUCCACAGUACUCCAUUCCUAGCAGUUAUCACAAGCUCAAAAGUCUCAUGGCCAGGAGGACUUAUUUGGAAUGGCCCAAGGAAAAGAGCAAACGUGGCCUUUUUUGGGCUAACUUAAAGGCAGCCAUUAAUAUUAAGCUGACAGAGCAAGCAAAGAAAUAGAUUACACAUCAAGCGAAAAAUAUUCCUCCUUUUGAUGUUGCUGCUUUUGGAAGUUCCAACAAUGACUUUAUUUUGCAUCAGCAUAGAUGUAAACACAAUUGUGAGUGUAUGAUGUAGGUAAAAAUAUACACCUUCGGGUCGCAGUUCACCAUUUAUAUGUGGUAUUAAAAAUUAAUGAAAUGAUAUAACUUUGAUUUAAA